UACAAACCAAAUCACAUGCUGAGCCCCUAUGCGGCACCAUCAAGAAACAUUUACUGAAUAAACGUAAACGGUAACAAACGUGUGAACGUUUUUUUGUUGGGAUGAGAUUCGUACUCCAUUUUAUUAGCGCAAGAGGACUUGGCGAUCGACCUCCACCCUGCAACUGCAAGCACCCUUCUGGCAGAUAGAGAGGAUCAGUAAGAGAGAGAGACCGUCCGGUCAUCCAAUGACGAUUGGUUCAGGGGGAUCGAGCAUCGUUGUUCCUAGGAACUUCAGAUUAUUAGAAGAACUGGAAAGGGGGGAGAAAGGCAUUGGAGAUGGAACUGUUAGCUAUGGGAUGGAUGAUGGAGAUGACAUUUAUAUGCGAUCCUGGACAGGAACCAUAAUUGGGCCUCACAAUUCUGUUCACGAAGGGCGCAUCUAUCAACUGAAAUUGUACUGUGACAUGGAUUAUCCUGAGAAGCCUCCAUUUGUUAGGUUUCAUUCACGGAUAAACAUGACUUGUGUCAACCCUGAGACAGGAGGGGUUGAGCCAAAGAAAUUUGGUUUGCUAGAAAAUUGGCAGCGGCAGUACACAAUGGAAGACAUCUUGACACAGUUAAAGAAGGAAAUGGCAAGCCCCCACAACCGGAAGCUGGCGCAGCCCCCAGAUGGUACUCUCUUCUAGAGUUCUAGGUCAUACAAUCUUCAUUUAUGGACUGGUGGAGCUUGGUACUCAAAUUAUUCAUUCCCUUAUCCAAAUGGUUAGAAAUUUCAGCAAGUCUUGUCAAAGGAAUUGUUACUAUUGUCUUGACCUUGUGUAUAUUUAGAUUGAGAAUAUGCUUUAUUGUAUUUAUAUUUCAUCUCUUCUUGAAACACUGGCAUGUGGCCUCAUGUGUAUAGAACACUGGUGUAUUCUCUCCUGACUGAUUACAUAGCAAGUGAUACACGGCGGUGUGUGAGCAGAA